ACCAAGAUCUUCGUUGCACCACUUGAAUUUAAUUAAAAGCCUGAGGUGAAGUUUGCGUGAAGCACGCUCAGUGGAGUAACAUCUUUGCAUAAGCUGACGAAGGGAAGACGGCUCGUGCUGGUUACCAAUUUCGGACUCGUUCGUUUGUAACGUAGCGUAAUAAUGUAACGCUGCGGCACUUUCCCGGUGCAGCUCUCGCGAUGUGGCGCCUGCGCGCUCUGCGCCCCGCGCUUCGCGGAAACGCGGUCUCGCGGGGACGGAACCGCCGCACUGACCGCGCGCGCUUCGGCUCCGAGGCCUCGGUUACACAGUUUAUCUUAGAAAACACUGAGGUUGUGAGCGGUAACAGCUUAACUCCAGAAAUCUCCUUACGGUUAUUUACGCCGAACUGUAAAUUUUGGCACGAAAGAGCCGAGUUGUGGCCGUUCGCUGACCCUUUUUGGGCCAUUUACUGGCCGGGCGGACAGGCACUCGCCAGGUACUUGCUAGAUGAGCCACGGGUGGCCAAGGACAAGAAGGUGCUGGACCUCGGCAGUGGGUGUGGAGCCUCUGCCAUCGCAGCCAAGCUGAGUGGCUCUGCAAAUGUCCUAGUUAAUGACAUCGACCCAAUUGCAGCAAUUGCUUGCGAGCUCAACUGUGAACUGAAUGGCCUAGACCCUUUCCCAUCUGAGACGGAGAACCUGAUUGGCUCAGAGCCCAAGGGGUGGGAUCUCAUCCUGCUGGGGGACAUGUUCUAUGAAGAGGCCCUGGCAGACAGCCUGCACAUCUGGCUCCAAACCUGCAUCCGGGCCCAGGGUACACAGGUGCUGAUCGGAGACCCGGGACGGGGCCACCUGGAGAAGCUCAGGAUCAAGAGGCAUCUGCAUCAGCUUGCUGAAUUUGAGUUACCGCACGCAGUCCGUAAGGAAAACUUUGGCCUGACCAGCAGCAGCGUGUGGCACUAUCACCCAGAGCUGUGACUGUGUUUAGGGUUUGUCUGGAUAUUUAUAAAUACGUAUAAAAUUAAUUUAAAAAUGUGUAAUACUUCCUACAUUUCUGUACAUUCUCUUGACAGCAGCUGAAAUGAUCCAUAGCACCAUUUACAAACAGCUUAUGCUCUUAUAACAUCAGCCUUCUAAACUUCACAACAAAUAAUCAUCUGUUACUGUUGUUGAACUCCUGUGGUAAUGGUUAUGUCUGCUAAAAUAAAACACAUUUCCCUUUUCCUGGACACAAGAAAAUGUUCCCAAA